AUGAUCUCUUUCAACACGACUGUUCCCCUUGCAUUUGACUUUGACCGUCCUGAAGACUACUUCAUUUUUCUUUUCCAAAUUCUGUUCGCUACUAGUGCAGUCCUGCUCUCUGGAUCCGUGGUAAUUGGGAUAUUGAGAACAAAGGGCCUUCGACUUCAAAACAGAUUCAUAUUCAUGCUUAACACCAGCAUUAGCGACACACUCACUGGGUUUUCCGUUUAUUAUCUUGGUCUUUUUGAUGUACAAGAGGGUUACCCGUCAAGGAACGGUACAUAUUACAUUCUGCCUACUCUUCUUGGCGUGAAUGUCCUUACUUUUCUGUUUGCACAGAUUGACCGCUACCUGGCUGUGUGCCAUCCUUUCUUUUACAGUCGGUACAUUACGCGGCGUGUUGUCAUCGGAUUUUGUCUGUUUAGUUGGUUUGACACUUAUUUUUUAUUAACAAUACAAACCGUCGUCCCUGUUGCAAAAGCUGCACAAAUAAACGCAUUUGCCGUUUUGAGUUUGCAAAUAGUAGUGGUCACUAAAGUUGUAAUGACUAUAAAGCUGUACAUAGUUGCCAGAUACCAACUUGCGCGAGAUCCACCGAGCGCUGAGAAGGAGAGCAAACGGGAGUCGUUGAGGAUCAUAGUAUUUGUGGUUAUAAGUUUUUUAACGCUAUGGUGUCCCUCCUUCGUUAAUAUCAUUGUGAAACAGACGACUCCGUAUGGACUGAAAUUCAGGAACGAAGCAACGAACCUCUUUGCCAUCAUGGCACGAUUUAACGCACUUCUCACGCCGUCGGUGUACAUCUGGGGGAGCCCGGUGCUGCGCGAGGCUGUGAAGAAAACUGUGUGGGGAAGAGUGUGUCCAAAGAGGAAAAUAAGCGUUGAUUUUGACGAUGGAGAUGAAAUCUUUGACAAGUAG